AUGAAGAAACAUGCUGGUAUGCUGCUCGACAUGGACAUUUGGAACUUUAAAUGGGCUCGUGGGUGCCCAUGGAAUGAAGAAACAUGCAGCAGUGCUGCUUAUGGAGGGCAUUUGGAACUUUUGAAAUGGGCUCGUGAGAUGGUGCCCUGGAUGAAGACACAUGCAUGGGAGCUGCUGAAGUGGUCAUUUGGAACUUUUGAAAUGGCUCAUGAGAAUGGAUGCCCUUGGGAUGAUUACACAUGCAGGGGAGCUGCUCGUGGAGGGCAUUUGGAACUUCUGAAAUGGGCUCAUGAGAAUGGAUGUCCAUGGCAUGAAUCGGCAGGUCGGAUUGCUGCUGAAGGUGGACAUUUGGAACUUUUGAAAUGGGCUCAUGAGAAUGGAUGCCCUUGGGAUGAAUACACAUGCUCUGCAGCUGCUGAACGUGGGUAUUUGGAAAUUCUGAAAUGGGCUCGACAGAAUGGAUGCCCAUGGGAUGAAGCAACAUGUUUUCAUUCAGCCUAUGGGGGACAUCUUGAAAUGCUGAUUUGGGCUCGUCAGCAUGGAUGUCCAUGGGAUGAAAACAGAUGCUUAUAUUAUGCUAAGCAGCGCAACCAUCAAAAUGUUGUGAAUUGGAUUGAAUCUAAUCUAAUCAGCAGAGUGGAAUUGAAUAUUAUUAUGGCUGAGUCAUGCAACCAUGCUACUCAGUAG